AUGGAGCCUGAGGUCCUGCAGCAGUGUGGGCGCGCCAGGGGUCGGGCAUGCGUGGGGAAGGGUCGGAAAGGCACUGAGCGCCGCCAGAGGUGGGUGCUGCUGUGGUCAGCCAACAAGGUGUUUGAGGAGCUGACAGACAUCGAGAGGCAAUUCCACAAGGCCUUCUACACCGUGCGGGCCUGUCUGAACUGUGACCGAUACUCGGUGGGCCUCCUGGACAUGACCAAGGAGAAGGAAUUCUUUGAUGUGUGGCCUGUGCUGAUGGGAGCAUCCCAGCUGUACUCAGGCCCACGCACGCCAACGGCCACGUAAGAAAUCAUCUUCUACAAAGUCAUUGACUACAUCCUCCAAAGUCAUUCCGUAAGUGCCAGGCUUCACAAUAGGCGUCCCCGCAGGAGGGACACCCUCAGCCCCAGGCGUGGCUUCAGGACCACAGUGGGCACUCCACCGGCCGCCCACUGGGCCCUGGCCAGCGGCCUUCCGCCCUGCGUGGCAGAAAGUGGCUUUCCAACCAGGGGGCGCCUGGGGAAGGAGCCUGCUGACUGCGAUGAGGACGAGCUCGGGUCGAUCUUGAAGGAAGAGCUGCCGAGGCCCAGGAAGUCUGACAUCUAUGAGUUCCACUUCUCUGACCUGGAGUGCACAGAACUGGAGUUGGUCAAAUGUGGCAUCCAGAUGUACUACGAGCUGGGCGUGGUCUGCAAGUUCCAGAUCCCCCGGAGGUGGGUCCUCGUGCGGUUCCUGUUCUCCAUCAGCAAAGGGUUCUGGAGAAUCACCUACCACAACUGGCGCCAUGGCUUCAGUGGCCCAACAAUGUUCCUGUUGCUCAUGACGGGCAAGCUGAAAGGCUACUACAUGGACGUGGAGGCCUUCACCAUGGUGACAGCCGGUCUGUGCCAUAACAUCAACCACCGCGGCACCAACAACCUGUACCAGAUGAAGUCCCAGAAUCCCUUAGCCAAGCUCCGUGGCUCUUUAAUUUUGGAACGCCACCACCUGGGGUUUGGGAAGUUCCUGCUCUCGGAGGAGAGCUUGAACACCUACCAGAACCUGAACCGGCAUCAGCACGAGCAUGUGAUCCACCUCAUGGACAUCACCAUCAUCGCAACAGACCUGGCGCUCUAUUUCAAGAAGAGGACGAUGUUCCAGAAGAUCAUGGACGAGUCCAAGAACUAUGAGGACAAGAAGAGCUGGGUGCAGUACCUGUCCCUGGAGACAACGGAGAAGGGGAUUGUCAUGGCCAUGAUGAUGACGGCCUGUGACCUGUCUGCCAUCAAGGUUAGUGCUCAAGUUGCUCUUCUGGUGGCCGCUGAGUUCUGGGAACAAGGUGACUUGGAAAGGACAGUCUUGGAUCAGCAGCCCAUUCCUGUGAUGGACAGGAACAAGGCAGCCGAGCUCCCCAAGCUGCAGGUUGGCUCCAUCGACUUCGUGUGCACAGUCGUGUACAAGUGUGUGGCACGGAGGUGUUCCAUGUUCAUCUGCCAGCGGCAGGAGGGAGCGGAGGCGCCGGCCGACGAGUGCGAGGCCAAGGCGAAGGCCCUGGAGGGGGAGGGGGAGGAGGAGGAGGAGGAGAGGAGCAGCCACCGAGAAGGGCCCGCGGGGCGGCACCGCCGGACCUCCCGGGUAGCGGGUGCCGAGGCAGAGAGUCACGGGACAGAGCAGAUUCCUUCAGACAGCCCUGUCGCCGGCCCACUCGGGUUCCCACUGCAGGAGCCGUGGUGGGGAGGCCCCGUCCCACGGAAAGGGGACGCCACCUCCACCGGGUUAGCAGACCCCGAGUGA